AUGUUCUCUGAGUAUGCCUCUCGCUUCCUAGCCCAGUCGCAGUCACGUAUUUUACCUCGUUCGGAUGAUAAACGUAGGAAGGAUCACAGUCACAUAACGCAAAGGCCCGGGAAUUCACGGCAUUCAUCGUCACGAUCCUUUCUGCAGCGACGGGCGGCCGAUCCCUACUACCCUGGAGCCUCCCACUUUACAAAUCUCACUUUUGGUUCGCGCAACUUAGCCCAGCAGGCGCCUCUGUUUCAUAGUGCCACUGAGGCCUUUCACGAAGAGGACGAAGACGUUGAGCAUGAGCGCGAAAUAGCAGAUUUCUAUGCGCUUCAAAGAUCAAGGCGGCAUUUCGGAGGCAGUCAUUUAAGGGACUCGGAGUCUGAUGAGGACGGCGGCAACUCUCUUCAUGCCAGCACACAGGAAAGUUCUGGUGGGAUACCAGAACAACCUAGAAGAGGUGCCAGGCGCACUUGGCGUGCUACCAGACAAGGAAAGGAGCGAGGUCGGACUGUUGGUCCAGUGACAGAGGUAACAGAUGGUGAAGUUGGGAUACUUCAUGAACGCAGCAGUGAAACAAAAGAAAACCUAGUCGAUAUCCGCCUCGAAGACACACUUAAGUCUGACUUUCAUGAAAAUUAUGGUGGCCCUCCCCCACUUGAUGAUGAUAGACCGCCGUCAAUCCAGCGAUUUCGUGAGCAGCCUCAGAUAGAUAACCUCGGCACCAUUCCUACUUCCACGCCUAACGAAACAAUAAACCAGCCGCUAUUGGCAGAGUCUCAGCUGCAAGAUGAUAGAAUAUCAUACCAGACCUCCGCAAGUUCCGCAAGGAUCGAGUCUCUCAGGCACGAUACUUUUUGGGGGCACCUAUUCCUGAUAGCCUUUGCUUGUGUCUUCGCAACCUCGUUCCUUGUUUAUUUACAUACAUCACCGCCACCAGGGAACAAGGGUAAAUGGGGUGAUACGAUUUAUUUGACCAUCCAUGGUUCUUUUUAUCGUCUCGGCGUUUAUACCCUGGUUUCUGUGUUCAUUUCUUUGUUAUGGCUUGCCCUUCUACGUUCGUACGUGCGCCCUCUAGUAUACGCUAUCAUAUUUGCCGUCCCAGUGAUCCUCUACUCCUUCUUUCUAUACCCUUUUAUUUCAAGUUUCCGUGGCGUUUCGGCCUUACAGGACAAAGUUAUGCGCAUCGGAUCGUUCGUUCCAUUCAUUAUGGGAACCGCUUGGAUCUACAAUGUUCUACGGGGCCGUCAUGCAAUAGGGAAGGCAAUCAGUAUCCUCGAAUUUUCCUGUCGGAUCCUUGCCGCCAAUGCAGAACUGUUACUCCUCGGCCUUGGCAACCUAACUCUCAUCACCUCAUGGACGUGGGUGUGGAUGCUAAUGUUUACUCGAGUCUUCCUUGGGGGUCAUUUAUCAGAGUCGAAAUCUUUUAUUAUUAACGUCAGCAGUUGGUGGCUGGGGGCUUUUUUCGUCGUCAUAUAUCUGUGGUCCCUUGGUGUCAUCGCAGGCAUUCAGCGAACUGUCACAGCAGCAACAGUAAGCCAGUGGUAUUUCCACCGCUUUGCAAAUCCAGCACCAACCUCGAGACAAAUAGUUCAGGCGGCAACGGUUCAUUCUCUGACAGCGUUAUUUGGGACAAUUUGCUUAUCUAGGUUGAUGGCGUUGCUCAUUCGUAUACCUUUCCUCGUGCUGCCCAGGCGUGUGGCCUCGUUACUGAGCUUGGUUGCUUAUGCUUUUAUUCCCACCCCGAUUACUGCCGUCACAGAUCCUCUUUCGCUCACAUAUGCUGCAAUUCAUUCUCAGCCACUCAUUCCGUCUGCCCGAGGCCUCAGCCAAAUGACGAACCUUGUGCCAUCAGUCGCAACGUCAUCAUUACACCCACGAUCAUUUUCUCGGUCCGGCCAAAGCCACUCCUCACUACUCCCCUACAGACUUUCUAAGCUGAUCCUUCAUGCUGCCCGGCUUAUGAUGUCUCUCGCCCUUGGAUUCGGGGGUUGGGUGAGCACUGCUCGAAGCUUGAAGGUGUCUACAAGCGAAGGGGUAACACGCGGCAGCAUAUACGCGUAUAUCGUUGGUUUAAUCGCAGGAGCCAUCGGAUGGAGUGUACUUGGAGCCAUUGAGGGAGUGGUGGCGGAUAUAGUAGAUGCUUUGAUCAUCUGUUGGAGAAGCGAAGUUGGGAUUUACGGCAGGGAAGCAAGGUACUGUCGUGAAGCUGGCUGGCUAUUCGGUCAGGAUCCGAGUCCUGACUUUCCUUACCCAGCGUAA